AUGGUAACUCGACUCGAUCAAGUCGAGAAGGUAUAUCAACUAAUCGUUCUUGCUGUCUCCCAGGAAUCCAACAGCAUGCUCUCGAACAUUCCAUUUCUGCCUCCCGAGAUCCAUCGCAUUAUCUCGCAAUAUGUUGACCGCGCUGACCUCCCGAGCUAUCGCCUCGCAGACAAAGCUCUCGCGCAGAUAGGUGCCGAAGAACUGUUUAGGACAAUCACGAUCCAAUACAGCUCAACAAGUAUAACUCGGCUUAACUGUCUCAGAAGCAGUUCGAAUCUUCGCAAGUAUGUUGAGACUCUGAUAUGGGAUACCAAUACCUGGAGAAUACCCAACGUACGUGAUUUUAAGGAAUGGGAACGCUAUUUUUCCAACAAAGUGGAGGAUACAUACAUCUGGAGACGCGUUGAGCCCCGAUACGUACAGCACCUGACGCGGAUCAGACGAAACCGCCAAGAAUGGGAGGUAUAUGCAGAUCGACUAGAAGACGAGAGACGUGCCAGAGGGCAUCUCCACAACAAAUUGGAGAGCUUGCUUGUGGGAUUCGACAACUUGGGCAGAAUUGACGUCGUCAACGGCGUAAUAAUUCCUAGUCAUCGAGGCGUUGAAAAGAUUUACGACGAGCUUUUUCGUUACCCAGGCGAUUCUGACGUAUAUCGCAAAGGUGAAGGUCUCUUCAGUAACGGGCGUCACGUCGACGCGUCUUCUCGACCUGCCGUUCGCGCAUUCUCCGCCGUGGUCGCUCUAUCCAACCUUAGGCUGAAGGAACUGAAGAUCAACACCCUGUGCUGGCAAGCAUUCAGAUCUCAAAUUUGUCCAACUGCUGCUUUAAAGAGACACCUGACAACCCUCUACAUUCGACUCACAUCACGAGCCGAGUACAACUAUGACUCGUUUCACUCCUACCACGAAAUCGUGCAAGCACGCCAUGAUCAUUCAACAGGCUCCUUUUCAGACUUCUUAACAGAUCUUCCAAACCUUGAAUCGCUACGUCUCGAUUUCAAGGAUACAACAAAUCUCACAGACGAAUCAGUACACUAUCACCCUACAAUAUUCGAAAGCACCUUUCGCUCCGAAUAUACGUGGCCCAGUCUGCGAAAACUGUCGCUGCGUAAUUUCGAAACCACUCCCGAAGCCCUGCUAUCCCUGCUGCAGCGGCAGAAGUCGACCCUGAAAACCCUCACGCUGCAGAAAACCAUUAUCGGGUCCGAAGAAGACGAUGCACGGCCGAGUAUGGAAUGGGUCGAAUUGAUCCGGGAAAUACGCAGCAUGUUGCAGUUGGAUGACGAGAGCUGGGCUAACGCGCUGGGAGUCCAGGUUGGGGUGGACUGCAUAUUUACGAGCUUUGAUGCAUAUGAAAUGCUCGCAGCUGCUGCUACAACGUUGCCAGUCGAAGGCGGUGAAGUUUGUUGA